GAAAGCAUUUCCGUUUCGCCUGUCGUUCAUUACUCAUUUUCACAUGGCUGACAUGCGUAUCCUCACUUACUUUGUUUCGCGCUGUGCUCAUCAUUUAUAAAUACAUUUAUUGAUAAAGGCUGAUGGAGCUCCUUCCUAUUCUGGAGCCUGAAGAAACGCCUAAGAACAGACAAUGGUAUGUUCUCGUGCCCACAGGUGCUGGUCCAGGUGUUUCCGUGGGUCACACAUGCACAUUUCUGCCUUCGAAAGAUGGGGGCAAGGGACGUAUUGUAUUAGUUGGUGGGGCCAAUCCUAAUGGAAGCUUCUCUGAGUCUUACAUUAUAAACUUAGAGACUCACGAAUGGGACAUACCGGGAUGGGACGGUCUGCAGGCGCGUUAUGAACACUGUGGUUUCGUUGCUGAGAGCGACUCGCUGUGCGUGUUUGCCGGGGCCGUGCAGACGGGAAACCUCAACUGCGUUCAAAUCUUGCACACAUCAGACGAAAUUAAAGGACAUGGUUUGUGGAAGACGGUCCAGGUCAAAGGAACUCCUCCUUCAGUCAGAACGUAUCAUACGAACUCGGCGUGUAUCGGGGACCGACUCUUUGUCUUCUCAGGAGGGGAUGCUGGGGCAACACCUGUUACUGAUCCUCAAGUCCAUAUUUUUGAUACAGUCAGUGCCACCUGGACGCAGACAGAGACCAGAGGGACACCUCCCACUCCACGUCACGGACAUGUGAUCGCAGCGGUGGGAACGGUUCUGUACAUCCACGGUGGAAUGGCAGGAGAUAAGUUUUACAGUGACAUGUUCUCGCUGGACACCGAAACUAUGAAAUGGGAGAAGGUGAAAGCUAAAGGAGAUGUUCCUCCUGGAGUGGCAGCCCAUGCAUCCGUUACCUUUGGGAAAAACAUCUUCAUCUUUGGAGGAUUGACAUCAGAGGGGGCAGCAACAAACUCCAUGUUUAAGUUUCACUGUGAUAAACACCGAUGGACGUUGAUGAAGUUUGAAGGAGAUCUACCACCUGGCAGACUGGAUCAUUCCUCUUGUUUAGUGCCGUGGCGUGUGAGGAUGGGAAACGAUGAAGAACACGCAACUCAAAACUCUGAACCUGAUGUUAAAUAUCUUUGUUUUGUCUUUGGAGGAAUGGACACUCAAGGCAUGAUAUUCAACGAUUGUCUCGUUACAAUAGUUGCAUGACUGCGGUUGUGCUUUCCAAUAAAUUUCUCUAUCAAAGUU